CUGAAACAGUUUUGUUAGUUGUUGUUUUACUUUCGGAUCAGAAAAUAAAUAAUGUUGAGUUAAGCUUUUCUUACAAGUUCCCUAAUAACCGCAAAAGUAAAAAAAACGUCAAUCGAAAGUCACACGAGACGUUCUGAUUGAAGUGUGCCGAGUGCUUAUAAGGGGAGAUAAUUCUAAAGAUACUUUAGCUUGGCGGGAACGUUGAUGCUUGAACACAAGAAGUUUCGGGAUUCGCCAAAGGCCAAGUCUCAGGAGCUGACUCCAUUAAAAGCUGUUGCGUAUUGCUGCGAAAAGUCAGGCAACUAUAUAACCUUGCGAACAUAAUCACAUCCUCGCUCCACAAAUGGUGGACUGGCUCCACUGUAACUUGUGUUUCAUACAGCCUGGGGCAGGAGCCAACUUCUCCCUCACCAACUGUGGACAUAUCUACUGUGAAAAAUGUUUGAUAGAAGGCUGCAAAGAACAGUGUCGGAUGUGUGGAUCCAGAUGCACAAUCAUCAAGCUGUCAGCAAAUAUGAAACCAGAAGUGGAAUUGUUUUUCACUGAUCCAGUGGACAUCUUGCGGAAAUGUUUAAAGCAAGCCAUUCAGGUGUUUGACUUCCAGAAGAACCAUCGCGGGAGGAUGCUGAGUCAUUUUAAAGGAAAGAUCUCCAAGCAACAGGAGGUGUUGGACAAGGCCCAGCAUUCUAUACUCAAGUACCAGCAGGUGGAGAGAGAAUUGAUACGAUUGAGAGAAGAAAAUUCCUAUUUGAAACGAUUGAUAUCAGAAAAGGGACUUGGGAAUCAUUCUAGACUCGGGUCCAGCAUGGGGAGCAUGCGCCAAGCAUCAUCAUCAUCACCGGGGAGCUACCGAGCUUCCCCGACCAGAUCCCCCGGCAGCCAGACCUCACCCUACCAUUUCAGGGGCGGGGCACACUCAGCUUCUGCACAUUACUCCAGCUCCCAACCUCAACCGAUGUCCGGAACCUCACCAAUGACAUCAGGCCGCAUCUCUGUGAGGACACCACCCUCUGAUGGCAGAAUUGGUACACUCUUCCACCAAGCCAGCAGCCAGGUCACACCCAUCCAGGACUUCCACAGAUCACAAACACCACAAUCCCUCCCACACCCCAUCAGUCUGCCAAGUCCUUCACCAAAACGUCCAUUUUGAAGAAGAGCAAUCACUGGCAAGUUGAUGUGAAGAUUGUCCACCUUGAGCUUGUAUGUUAGGUUGUACAAAGUCUAUAUUGUUAAUAAACUGAACAAAUACAG